CUUACAUUUUUUACUUCUGUUUUCAGCUGCUCACAUGGACUGAAAGCCAAUAAAAGGCAUAAGAGCUUUAAAAAUUGUGCUAAUUGUUAGUGUGUGGCUGCUAACAACUCAAAACCCCAUAUUGACAGGAAAAAAAAAACGGAAUUGUUGAAAUUUUUGCAGAUUUAAAAAAAAAAAAAGAAAAACUGAAAUAUCGCACAGCCAUAAGUAUUCAGACACUUUGUUCAGUAUUUAGUGGAAGCCCCCUUUUGAACUAAUACAGCCAUGAGUCUUUUUGGGAAUGAUGCAACAAGUUUGUCACAUCUGGAUUUGGGGAUCAUCUGCCAUUCCUCCUUGCAGAUCCUCUCAGGUUGGAUGGUGAACGUUGGUGGGCAGCCAUUUUCAGGUCUUUCCAGAGAUGCUCAAUAGGGUUUAAGUCAGGGGUCUGGCUGGGCCAUUCAAAAACAGUCACGGAGUUGUUCUGAAGCCAAUCCUUUGGUAUUUUAGGUGUGUGCUUAGGGUCAUGUCUUUUUUUAAGGUGAACCUUUGGCCCAGUCUGAGGUUCUGAGCACUCUGAAGAAGGUUUUCGUCCAGGAUAUCCCUGUGCUUGGGCGUAUUCAUCUUUUCUUCGAUUGCAACCAGUCUCCCUCUCCCUGCAGCUUAAAAACACUCCCACAGCACGAUGCUGCCACCACCAUGCUUCACUGUUGGGACUGUAUUGGACAGCUGAUGAGCAGUGCCUGGUUUUCUCCACACAUGGCACUUACAAUUAAGGCCAACAAUUUCUAUCUUGGUCUCAUUAGACCAGAGAAUCUUAUUUCUCAGUGAUGGUUGACUUUAUAGAACUUUCUCCCAUCUCCCGACUGUAUCGCUGCAACUCCGCCACAGUGAUCUUUGGGUUCUUCUUUACCUCUGUCACCAAGACUCUUCUUCCCCAGUUGCUCUGUUUGGCCGGACGGCCAGCUCUAGGAAAGGGUUCUGAUUGUCCCAAAUGUUUUCCACUUCAGGAUGAUGGAGGCCACUGUGCUCUAAGGAACCUUAAGAGCAGCAGAAUGUUUUUUUUUGUAAUCUUGGCCAGAUCUGUGCCUUGCCACAGUUCUUCUCUGAGCUCUUCAGGCAGUUCCUUUGACCUUAUGAUUCUCAUUUGCUCUGACAUGCACUGUGAGCUGUAACGUCUUAUAUAGACAGGGGUGUGGCUUUCCUAAUCAAGUCCAGUCAGUAUAAUAAAACACAGCUGGACUCCAAUGAAGUUGUAGAACCAUUUUAAGGAUGAUCAGAAGAAAUGGACAGCACCUGAGUUAAAUAUAUAAGUGUCAAAGCAAAGGGUCUGAAUACUUGCUGCUGUGUGAUAUUUCAGUUUUUCUUUUUUUAGUAAAGCAGCAAAAAUGUCAAUUACUUUUUUUCUGUCAAUAUGGGGUGCUGUGUGUACAUUGAGGAAAAAAAUGAACUUAAAUGAUUUUAACUAAUGGCUGCAAUAUAACAGAGUGAAAAAUUUAAGGGGGUCUGAAAACUUUCCGUACCCACUGUGUUUGUGUGUGUGUGUGUGUGUGUGAGUGUGUAUAUAUAUAUAUAUAUAUAUAUAUAUAUAUAUAUAUAUAUGUAAUAUUGGUUGGUCCUCUUGUUCAAUAGAUACUCCUUAUUUUUUUAGAUGGAUUUCAAUGGCAUUAAGGUCAAAUGUUAGACAUUAAUAAUUGUUUUUAGUUAAGAAUGUUAAGUUAAUUUGUUGGAAACGUUAACACAGGACUAAGUGAGUAAAUAGUGAGUAAAAUUUACUAUGUGCACUGAUAAUGAGCCAGCAUGUGUAAUAGCCUAAAUCGAAUGGGUUCACAAUGUCUUUCAUGUCACGCCAGAGUGAUUUUAAUGUUAAUGUUGAUACUACUUUGUUGUUUUAUGAUAACUUAUGAGCAAAUAUUGUGCUCUCUGACACUUGUAGCUUUGGGCCCCAUUUGUGGGGAAAUCAAAUAUGGGCUAAGGUGAUCCGAUCAGUUUAUUUUGCAUGUGUGUGUGGUGAGAUUAGUCAAGGCAGGUUUCCCUUGAGAGAGGAAAAAAAUAACAUUUUGCAGUUGGAUUGGCUCCUCCCUGAGCUGUUACCUUAUCGUCAGAGUCACCCAAGGCAAGCAAGGCUUAGAUUAGGGACCAGACAAAGCACAGCCCAAAAAACCCUAUGAGGAUGACCCUAAAUGGAUAAGUGUAGCAUCAGGAGUAAUGUCUCCGUGUCGGUCUAUGAGAGGAUGGAGAGUGGGGUUGGUUCAUGUACAUGAUGGGACAGACAUCUUGACUACUUUUACAUGUUCUUGAGUUUGAUGUAUUUUAUUUAACUUAUUUUUUAAACUUUAAUUGCAUUGCAAUUAAGUCAAGAGAAUUUUGCCAGUGUAAGUCACUGGCUGCACAGCAUGAGUUGCAAAUGUCCGCCUUGAUAAACCUAAUAAUGAUCACCUUUGAUUAAGUUUUGGCUUUGAAAAUUGUAGAAAACGAUUUCUAGAUUCUAGAUAUCUCUUCUUUUUAUUGAAAAGUAAUAUACAGACAAAAUAUAUAUAUUUUUUAAACAUGGUUUUUAAUGUUUAUUUUUCUGUUCUUCAAUUUAAUUCCAAGUUACUGAUUUUCACUUUCAAAUUUCUUUUUUUUACCCCCCAACUUCCUGGUUUUUCAUUAAAAAUUAUUUUCUUCACAUUAAAGUUAAUAGUAGUGUUACUCAUCAUUCUGAUGCUUAUUAAAAUCUCUGUUUUUACUGAUGUCUGUCUUCUUAAUAGUGAUUAUUUGUUAAACUUGACACGUAUUAAUUGGUUGUUUAUUGCAUAGGUGCGGCAAUACACUGCGUCAUACAGUUUCUUUAUUUUGGUACCAAAGGUAUGAAAAAACACCAAGCACACACACUUCCUGCGCACAUCUGGUUUCCUGUCAUGAGUGACAGCAGAAGUUGUAAAGUGGGCAGUGCUGUGUUGUCACACUGAGAUUCUUUUAGAUGCUGACUGCUUCAAUUUUAAAUUUUUAGUCUCUUUUUGUACUUUUCUAAUCGGCAGGAAUGCAAAGCAGCAUGGAAACUCGCACCCUUUUGGUCCUGGAGAACUUCAUUGGAGGAAAGUUUGUCCCGUGUCCAAGUCACAUCGACUCCUACGAGCCGUCCACGGGGGAAGUGUACUGCAAAGUGCCAGACAGCGGCGAGGAAGAGGUGGAGGCUGCGGUGGCUGCGGCCAAGGAGGCCUUCCCAGGCUGGGCCGCUCACAGUCCAGAGCAGAGGUCUCAGAUCCUCACCAAGCUGGCCGACCUGAUCGAGGCCCACCUGGAUGAGUUUGCCCAGGCUGAGUCCAAAGACCAAGGUAAAACAUUGACGUUUGCGCGGACUGUAGACAUUCCCCGAUCGGUGUACAACUUCCGCUUCUUUGCCUCGUCGGUGCUCCACCACACCGAUGACUGCAGCCAGAUGGACCACAUGGGCUGCCUCAACUACACCGUGCGCUGCCCCGUGGGAGUGGCUGGUCUGAUCAGCCCCUGGAAUCUUCCUCUGUACCUGCUGACGUGGAAGAUCGCACCUGCCAUCGCUGUGGGCAACACGGUGGUCGCCAAACCCAGCGAGAUGACCUCAGUGACCGCCUGGAUGAUGUGCAAGCUGAUGCAGCAGGCUGGUGUUCCUCCAGGUGUGGUCAACGUCGUAUUCGGGACCGGCCCCCGGGCCGGAGACGUCCUCGUCGGUCACCCCGACGUCCCCCUGAUCUCCUUCACGGGGUCCACGGCGACAGCCCGGCUUAUCACUGAGCGCAGCGCCCCCUACUGUAAAAAAAUGUCAUUGGAGCUCGGAGGCAAGAACCCUGCUGUUGUUUUCGCCGACGCGGACCUGGACCGAUGCAUCGAGACCACCGUGCGCUCCAGCUUCUUCAAUCAGGGAGAAAUCUGCUUGUGCACCAGUCGGAUUUAUGUGGAGCGGAGUGUUUACUCAAUAUUCUUGGAGAAGUUUGUGGCCGCGGCCAGGAAGUGGAAGACCGGCGUGCCUUCCGACACCGGCAACAGCAAUGGCGCGCUCAUCAGCAAGGAGCACUUAGAAAAGGUGCGUGGCUUUGUUGCCCUCGCCAAAUCCGAAGGUGCUACAGUGCACUGCGGUGAAGGAGUGGAUCCGCUUGACCUUCCGGAGCGCAAUGCCAAUGGCUACUUCAUGGGUGCUACCGUCAUCUCAGGCGUCCCACAGGGCUCCCGCGUCAUGCAGGAGGAGAUCUUCGGGCCAGUCACCUGCGUCAGCCCCUUCGACAGCGAGGACGAGGCGGUGGCUGAGGCCAACGGGGUGCGCUAUGGACUGGCAGCCACCGUGUGGUCCCGCGAUGUGGCCAAGGUGCACCGUGUGGCCGCAAGGCUUCAGGCGGGCUUGGUGUGGACCAACUGCUGGCUGGUGAGGGAUCUCAAGCUGCCCUUCGGAGGCAUGAAGAUGUCUGGCGUCGGCAGGGAAGGGGGGAAGGAUUCCUACCACUUCUUCACAGAGGUCAAGACCAUCACCAUCAAACACUGAAACCACUUUUAGAAGGAGCUCAGGUGUGGAAUCCUCACUUUUCUUUAUUUUUUUCAACUGUUUCACCCCCUCUCAUUAGUCACGAUAUCUGAAGAUCCAUUGUUUAAUGGGUUUCUGCUGAUGCUAAUCUUGGAGAUCCUUUUUUUUUCGAGGUAGAAUUUUUCGACAUUUAUAAUUUAUUAUGAGGGGGAAAAAAAGUGAUUUACGACCAUCGUCAUUUUACCAAAAAAAAGAAAUUAUUUUACAAGAUUGAGGCCAUAAUAAAUAUUUCAUCAAAAACUCAUAUUCUUGCAAAUAUGUAGUAAUUUUGCCAUGUUUUUUAUUUGUUUAUUUUUCAACAAUAAAAUUACAAUUUAAGGAAUUUAUUUUUGCAAGAAUACAAUAUUGUAAGUAUUGUAAUGAUGAUUUUAUCUAUAUAUAUUUAAUAUAUAUAAAUUGUACCAAUUAAAUUAAUUCAUUAAUUUAUUGGGAAUGUAUCCACUUUUAUAAUAAGCUUCAAAAAUUGCAAAUCUCAUGAGAGAAAAAGUUGUUCUUUUUUUAAGUCAAAUAUUUCUAAAAAGCCUGAUGAGUACACCACACAAAAUUUGGUACACUAACAAGUGCUUUGCAAACAAUAACAUUGUUAUAGCACAGUUAUAACAAUGUUUAUAUCAAUGUAAACAUGAGUGCAGCACGCUUGUACACCACUGGGAGGCAUUAUUACCAUGACUUUUUGCAGUUUUACUUAUUAUAGUGGCCGGUUAGCGUAUUAAGUGUGCCUAUUGAAGCAUAUCUGAUUGACAAAUUAUGUCAUAGUGGGUCAUGUUGUCAUUAGACGUGAUGUCAAUCGCAGAUUAAUGAGAGCUGGCGUGAACAAAAUCAGGCCAGUCGACUUGUUAUGAAUUUAUGAUGUUCACAAGCGAGCAAGCAGUCAGCAACAGACUUUGGACCUUUUCCCAUGUCGCAGUGUUCUCCUUCUGCUUUGCUUGAAGUCCAGUUCCUUCUCUCGGUGUCUGGAGCUGACGUAAGAGAGGUGAAUAAAAGCAAAAUUGUGCCCGUUCUUGUUCCAUGCUUGAGUUUGUCUGUAUGGGAAAUGAUGUCAGCCGUGUUGUUCAAACUGCAGCAGUACAUGAAAU